CAUAGAGUUAGGUCAGCUGACUUCACUUUUAUCAUUGGUCUUGUGAUAAGUUGUGAUCCUCCGCCAUUCUCGGUCCGUCUUUUCCAUCUUUGUCGUCCCGUAUAAGAAUUAACCAUUCAUCAUGGCGACCAAAGGCGGUUUGAAGACGAUCGCCGGUGAAGAGAAUGAGGACAAGUUCGGUUAUGUCUUUGCCGUAUCCGGUCCCGUCGUUACGGCGGAGAAAAUGUCCGGAUCGGCUAUGUACGAGCUGGUGCGUGUCGGUUACCAUGAGCUGGUGGGAGAGAUCAUUCGUCUCGAGGGUGACAUGGCCACCAUUCAGGUAUACGAAGAGACAUCAGGUGUGACAGUGGGUGACCCCGUACUGCGUACCGGCAAGCCCCUGUCCGUGGAGCUGGGCCCUGGUAUCCUGGGAUCCAUCUUUGACGGUAUCCAGCGUCCCCUGAAGGACAUUAACGAGCUCACCCAGUCCAUCUACAUCCCCAAGGGUGUGAACGUUCCCAGUCUUGGUAGGGACGUCAGCUGGGAGUUCAACCCACUCAAUGUAAAGACCGGCUCGCACAUCACCGGCGGAGACCUGUACGGUUUGGUGCACGAGAACACUCUCGUCAAGCACAGGAUGCUCAUCCCGCCCAAGGCCAAGGGUACCGUCACAUACAUCGCGCCCGCCGGCAACUACAAAGUCACUGACGUGGUGCUAGAGACGGAGUUCGACGGUGAGAAGUCGUCGUACAGCAUGUUGCAGGUGUGGCCCGUGCGCCAGCCCCGCCCCGUCACCGAGAAGCUGCCCGCCAACCACCCGCUGCUCACCGGGCAGCGUGUGCUCGACUCACUCUUCCCCUGUGUCCAGGGUGGUACGACCGCCAUCCCCGGAGCCUUCGGUUGCGGCAAGACUGUAAUCUCGCAGGCGCUGUCCAAGUACUCCAACUCUGACGUCAUCAUCUACGUCGGUUGCGGAGAGCGUGGUAACGAGAUGUCUGAGGUACUCCGUGACUUCCCCGAGCUGACGGUGGAGAUCGAGGGUAUGACAGAGUCCAUCAUGAAGAGAACCGCGCUCGUCGCCAACACCUCCAACAUGCCUGUCGCUGCCCGAGAGGCCUCCAUCUAUACCGGUAUCACUCUGUCCGAGUACUUCCGUGACAUGGGCUACCACGUGUCCAUGAUGGCGGACUCCACGUCCCGCUGGGCGGAGGCCCUGCGUGAGAUCUCGGGGCGCCUGGCCGAGAUGCCGGCGGACUCGGGCUACCCCGCCUACCUGGGCGCGCGACUCGCCUCCUUCUACGAGCGCGCCGGGCGAGUCAAGUGUCUCGGAAACCCCGACAGGGAAGGUUCUGUAUCCAUCGUGGGCGCCGUAUCCCCGCCCGGAGGAGACUUCUCGGACCCCGUGACGGCGGCCACGCUGAGUAUCGUGCAGGUGUUCUGGGGGCUGGACAAGAAGCUCGCGCAGAGGAAGCACUUCCCCUCCAUCAACUGGCUCAUCUCCUACAGCAAGUACAUGCGUGCUCUGGAUGAGUUCUACGACAAGAACUACGUCGAAUUCGUGCCCCUCAGGACCAAGGUCAAGGAGAUCCUCCAGGAGGAAGAGGACCUCUCAGAAAUCGUGCAGCUGGUCGGCAAGGCCUCGCUGGCCGAGACCGACAAGAUCACCCUCGAGGUCGCCAAGCUGCUUAAGGACGACUUCCUGCAGCAGAACAGCUACUCGUCAUACGAUCGUUUCUGCCCGUUCUACAAGACCGUGGGCAUGCUGAAGAACAUCAUCUCGUUCUACGACAUGUCCCGCCACGCCGUGGAGUCCACCGCGCAGUCCGACAACAAGGUCACGUGGAACGUCAUCCGCGACGCCAUGGGCAACGUGCUCUACCAGCUCUCAUCCAUGAAGUUCAAGGACCCCGUUAAAGAUGGAGAAGCCAAGAUCCGAGCCGACUUCGACCAGCUCCUGGAAGACAUGGCGGCUGCCUUCCGCAACCUCGAGGACUAGGCGCGCACGGCGGGCUGGCGGCUAGCGACGCCGGGCCACAACAUCGCAUAUUGUUAAUACACUAUAGACGUAAAUAAAUGUGUUAAAGUCUACGUAGUGUGUAUAGGAUUAAUUAUAUUACUCGUAUUUCAAUGCAGAAUUAUUGAUUCCAAUUGUUGAAAUUGAGCGCUCGCGCUCGCGCGGCGGAGCCCCUCUCCAUUUGUAAAUACACGAACAAAUGCCGCCGCGCGUCCGCGACCGGCUCGCAGUUAAUUAGUUGUUAUUUAUAUAAAAUAUAUACUAUUUAUACACUAACAAUCAAUUGUUUUAUGCCCGUUUAUAUUUUCGCGAGUUUUUAAAAGUCAUAAUAUCGAGUACCCUCUUGCAUUCCACGUUAUUAUUAGAGUUUUAAUCGAAGUAACAUGUUUUUUGUUAAAAAAAAAUUGAAUAUGCAGUUUUUUACGCUUUUCGUGUCUAGAUAUCAGUGUUACCAGCAUUUCGAUAUAUCGGCAAUGUUUAAGAGUUCAGUAUUAUGUUUACUUUGAUAGUUCGCUGUGUUUGAGCUAGCGACGCGCGGCGUCUUGUACAAAAAUCAUGCGCAAUAAUAACGUAUAUUACUUGCUGUUUGAACCUCUGUGACGUUACGUGUUGAGGAGACGAAAGUUAUAAAUAAAUAAAUAAUUAAAUAAAGUGUA